GUUUUGCCAGAGGCGGCCGUGCCUCAUGGGGAGGGAUCCGUUUGAAUAAGCGCGUUCUAUAUCAAAACCAUCAAGAGAAGUUGGCGGGCCCUCCUUGCAGGGGCAAAGACCUUGCUUCCUUCUUCGUUCUCCGUUCUCCUCUCUCCGCUAAAGAGAGCGACCGGCUGAGGAAAGAAAUAUAUAUACAACGCCUGCCUAUUCGGUGCCCACGGAGAACCGGCCCGACGCUUGUACCUCCACCACCGACCGAUACCUUAGAUACAUUACCAGCCCGGCAUGGCUCAAAGAGACUUCUUCGGGAAAGGGUCGUCCAGCUCCGGCGGGGGUGAAGGCCUGUUGGGGGACAUCAUGGGGGCCUUCGACCAACUGCUGGACAGUCAGGACGACGCAAGCACCAGUGGCCCGUCGACCAGAACUUCACACAGUACGGAUGGAGAGACGAGACCUUCCUCCGUCUCGCGGCAGACUCCAACGUACGAAUCGUCCCGUGCAGCCAAACACGCACCCCCUCCGGCUUUCACUGCGAAGGUACAUAAAAUCGGCGGUGGGAACAUAUCGCAAACCAAAGAUGACAGCAGAAUAGGGUCGAGGGAUAGGGACUCGGUCUCACCUCGGGACGUGCUCAAGUCGCUACGUGGGCAUGCCUCAUCCAUAGAUCUGACGGGGAAGGGCAAUGAGGGUGGAGCUCGGGACGACUUUAGGAGCAAAAAUCGAAGAGGUCUGGGGAGGACAGACAGCACACCCGCUGUAUCUUCCACUUUGGGGUCGGGGCGAUCACAUGCAAGAGAGGGACCGGUACCGGCGCUGGCGUCAAUGUCUUCGUUUCUCGACGAUGGGAAGCUCCCGAGUUCGCAAUGGCGUCCAUCGCAAACCACCCGGGACGCCCCACCACUGAAUGGUAAACCUGCAGCAUUCAAUCGCGCUGCAAGAUACGGACGAGCUCCUCGCGCUGCGUCAUCGACAGAAUCGGAGUCGGAGGCUUCGGAAUGGGAUGCCAGCAACUCUGACAGUGAUACCCCAGUUAGGCCAGUGAUCACUGGUCCCAUGUACGGCCGCGCCGCAAGGAGGAUAGCUAUGCAGCAAAAAGCAACGCUGGAGCAGAAGCGGCAGGCGAGUUUAGAAGCUGCUGCUGCUGCCGCCGCCGCCGCCGCUGCCAUUGCGCCCUCCACCUCCUCGUCUCUGUCUACAUCGAAAUCUUUACAUAAUUUGACACACCGAGGAAAUACCAAUACGGCGCCGUCCAACAGCAGCGGCAACUCAUCCGGAAGCAGCCCAUUCGGGAACGCGGCAAAGGCAACGAUAUCACGCUCAAAAUCCGCGGCCCAUCUGCCAUCACACCUGCAACCCAUCAUCCCCACACCACCACAGUCACCUGUGAAACUGACACCGCACUUCAAAGUCCAACCUCUCAUCACUGGUUUCCGCGAAUACGUCCCAAAGCCGUCAAUCCAUGACGCUGACAAUGAGAACAAAGACUCUCCAGCGACCUCGCCCUCCGCCACCACACCAGCACCUGAAACUCCGACCGAGACAGGCGCAGUGAAUUCGCCAACUAUACCGCAAGCCCCACAGACACCCCCACUGGAGCCGUACGCCCAGUUCUAUCAGAUUCAACAGCAAUACGCAGCGUAUGCCGCAUAUAUGAUGCAGCAACAGCAAGCGUAUGCGCAGAUGUUCGGAGGACCACCCGCAGCUGCCGGAGGAUAUCCUGGGUAUCCGCAGCCGAUGGUCUCUGCGGAUGGCAAGCAAUCGAAGAAGAAAUCUUCGAAGAAGGGGGCCAAAAAGUCGAAGAAGAAGAGGUCCCAGGUUGAGGGCGAACCUGGAGCGGGUGUGGAUGCUUCGACGCCCGAAGGGACGCCGGAAGGGACGCCGGAAGGAACGUCUAUGGUGGAAGCGGAACAGCCGGUCAAGGCCGCAACAGCGAAUGAUGUGCCACAGACAGACGCAGACAUCCCGAUCGCCGCCGAGUGAUCUCAUGCAUGAGCAAUCGUGUCAUCAUCCUCAUAUCAUGGGUGUGUCGCUUCUUUAGUAGACCCUUUCAACCCUUAUAGACUUCUAUCGUCUAGUGCCACCUCCAAUUUUGCCGGCGUAUAUGCGCUUCCUCAUAUGCUUCUUUAUAUAAUUUUUUUUUGCAAUAGAAUAUGCUAUGAUACGUAGGUUUUCAAUCAGAUACGUUCACAACGUCGUC